GGCCAGGUAGAAUAAUUCAUAAGAAACUAUUUCUUUCCUUUUCACAUACUAGAUUGUACCCUGUUCGUUGGCCGGUUAUUAUAUGAUAAUGACAUUUAAAAAAAAAAUUCCGAGUUUAAAUUUCAGUAAUAUGUUCUUCUCUUAAAUCCGUGUCAUGUUAUAUGUCAAUGCCAUGUGAAUUAUCAAAUAGUCUUUAUCCAUUCUACAAAAUAAUAAGGUAGUUUGUUAUUUUUUAAUCAUUAAUUAGCAUGUCGGUUGCAAUUUAAUAAUAGUAAUUAACUUUCAGUUAGUUCAAAUUGACUAUCACUAACUAACUCAGAAGUCUUGGACUUGGGUUGCUAUUCUCCUAGCAUGAAGAAGCAGCAUCUGGAAUCCCACCGGUUUCUGCAUCGUUUCAAUGAGGCAAUUUGUCGGACUGUCUGCAAGAUAGACGGUGUCCUAAUUCCAGGAAUGUGGCUGACAGAACUGUUACUUUCUAGGCCAGCCAUGGCCUCAGUUAUGUCCACCCACACACAACAUAUCAGGAAUCAGGAUGCAGAGCGUUCUCUGAGAAUGGUAUUGGAAUUUUUACUUGAAUUCUACAUUGGCUAGGCUAUCACUGGUCAAAGGCGUGGACAAUUAUUCUACAUCUCGACUAUUCUGCUCUAUCAUGUCCUGCUUCUUUCAUGCUGAUAUUCCCAGGCUCGAGUACGAAGAAUUGCUGAUCUAUCAUAUUUAUACCAGGAACCCUUAUAAGCUGUGAAAGUGCUGGAUCUGGCUAGUUGCUGACACUGGACAAUUGGAGACCUCAAUAACAUACCUCGAAGGCU